CGAUGAACACGUCGAGAUUCUGUGUUCAAUAUUUUAUUUAUUCAUCACAGUCGAAUAUUUUCCGUAGGAUCCAGGUUGUAGAUAGUGUAUGAAUUUUUGUGUUUAGAAGUUGAUCAAUUCUUCAUAUAUUUUUUAUAUUUGUUCGAAAUUCUACCUUUGAAAGCAAAUUGAUGGAGAACAAAAUUGUUUUUCUUGCGUGUUGCGUAGUUUCUUCACUGAUUUUGAAUGUCCAAGCUGCAUUGAAGGAAGGGGAUUGUGAAGUUUGCAUUAAAGUCAUUGAACUAUUUGAAAAAGAAUUGAAAGAAAACAAAAUAGAAGGUGAUGAAAAUAUUCAAGCUCAUAUCAGAAAGAUUUGCUCAUCACUCAAGUUGAAAGAAAAUAGAUUUUGCUACUACAUUGGUGGUACAGCAGAUGCAGCGACAUCAAUAUUGAAAACAAUUUCAGGCCCACUAGGAAGUUUUUACCCUCCCAAGAAGAUUUGCGAAACUUUGAAAAAGGCAGAUUCUCAAAUUUGCGAACUUAAAUAUGAUAAACCACUGGAUUGGAAAAAUAUCAACCUGAAGAAAAUGAGAGUGAAAGAACUCAAAAAGAUUCUUUCAGGUUGGGAUGAAAAUUGUGAAGGAUGCUUGGAAAAAACAGAUUUUGUUAAAAGGAUUGAAGAAUUAAAACCCAAGUAUGUCAGAGAAGAGUUGUAAAUGCUUCAAAGUUCCAUCUCUCUGCCAGUAUGUCACAGAUGCGAUAGACUUUUACACAUACUCUGUGAAAUGGUAUAAUUCCACUCAGUUUAGUUCAAAUUUAGUUUAAUUUACCGUAUAACUCUUUAAAAUAAAACAUUUUCAAGUUAUUUCCAAUCAUGCUCCGCUCUAAAAACAAAAAGAAAGCUCUAAUAUUUAGAAAUUGAAAUUCUUGCUAAUUUGAAUUUUUAUGUCUAUCAUCUAUGGCAGUCCAAACAACCUCAUCUCAUGGCUGCUAUAUUAUUGAACUCCUGUUGUUUUGAAAUCGAGGAUGAUUUACUUGUACAAUCCUGCAGUAUCUGGGUGAUGAUGUUUAUGCAAAUCAUGUAGCACUGUAUCCUCGUGCACAGGCUUAAAUUAUGGUUUCAUUCAUGACUUGUCUUUACAUUCAUUUAAAGUUUUGAGUAUUUAGGAAAUUUAUAUGUGCUUUAUUAUUGAAUGAGUUGUUUUCUUUCUGAAAAAUGUUUCUUGUUCUAAAUGGUAU